AUGGCCCAAUCGUGCAGUGAACAAGCGCCCGAGGUAGUUCUGCUUGCGAUUGAUAUUGGAACAACCUAUGCUAAGGUCUUCCUAUCCGAGAAUCCCGAUUCCCCCGACUCGGUCGACUACGCCCUGGAGUUCCCUUUAAGCAGUGAUGACAGAAAGAAAACGACCACAGAACUCGAUACUACCCUAGUAUUCUCUGAAAAUGGACAAGUCUGGAUGUUCGGUUCCAAUGGCUUAUCGUUUUCUGGUGCUCAUGUCUUCACAGAAUGGAAACUCGGCGCUAUGGGCUUGGAGCCAUAUGCCCAUAUGCUAGCCAAAGCGUGUGAGCGGCUCCAAGAAUCCGCUCCACAACUAGAAAGUGUCAGCGCUGCUACCCCUUUUCGGAAGCUCUUCUCGCAUAUCCGAGACACAGCCAAACAACACCUUCAACAGAAAUACGGCGGCAGCUUUGAUGCGAUAAAAUGCUAUCUCACAUAUCCGGUUAGUUGCAGUGAGUCUUUGAGACUUCUUCUUCGCCAAGAGGCCUCCGCUGUCGGACUGGAUGUCAUGGGGGGCGUUUCGGAGCCCUGGGCGGCUGCCCACUACAUCAAAUCCAAGACACGUCUCGAGCUGCCACCCGGCGCGAAAUUAAUCAUUGACUUCGGCGGCGCCACCGUCGAUGCCGUUGUGUAUGAGGAUAGCACGGGCCAGAUAAAGCAGGCUUGCGCAAGCAAUGGAUUUCCCGGUGGAGGACAAAUGAUCAAUGAAAUUGCGCGCAAGUGGCUUAAAGAAAAGCGCCUAGGUUGGAAUGCACUGAAUUGUGAUAUUCAAUGGACCCGUAACAUAUCCCCGUUUUUUGAUCGAUGCAAACGCGCAUUUACUGGUCAGUCUGACCACGAGAUUUUUGAUGGAAAUGGCAGCACCGUCACUAUACCCUCAGAUGCCAUGAAAUCAUUCUUCGAGCCUUUGAUUUCAGGAGGCGUGAGGCUAGUCGAAGACCUGUGUGAGAGAGCGAUGGCUGCUGGGCAUCCCGUCAAUGCUGUAGUGGUCUGCGGUGGUGUCGGGGAAAACCAGUGGUUUUUCCAAGAGUUUUCCCAGAGAAUACUGCAUAGCACUGGCAUCGAAAUCUGCAAUCGGGUACUGAGGCCUGAGAUUAUAGCACAUGGGGCGCUCUGCUACGCUCGCAGCCCUGUUGUUGAAGAGUGUGUUAUCACACGAGAUUUAGGCCUGGCCUACGACGGAUACUAUACAAGAAGUGGAAACCCUUUGAAGUCUGGAAAUUGGCACAAGGGCAUAGGUUGGAUCUUACGUAAGGGUCAAGAUCCUAAGAAGCUGCCCGAUUGUCUGCGAUUCAUCAAAGACAUCCAACCUCAUUCGAUAGACGAAGGCGACCGUAAAAUCGAGACGGAUUUGUACGCCACUCCCGCCAAUUUGGAAACAUUUGGCAAGCACAUCCGGCGGAAUAACCUUAUUGAAUGGAAAUGUGCUAUAACAUAUCCGGCCACGAAGUCGAUUCUCUCCCGUUUAUCCAAACUAGGAAGAUUUUCCGGAACGCUUCCGCACGAAGAAAUGUUUCCGCUUGGGUCUGAAACGAAGGAAUCUGAAUUUGAAUUUCAACUUACCCUGGAGGUUGAGAAAGAGCUGUUGGAGGCUCAAUUUUCUGUCAAACUUCAGGAUGGGCGUCUAUUCCCACUGAAAGAUGUGUUUUAUACGCCUCUACCUUUGGAACCUAGAUCAGAGUUUAUGAACCGGUGUAUCCGUUCUGGGAAUCCAUUCGCAUCUAUUCCGUCUCUCCCGGUCUCCCCGGGAAGUCGCGAUCUAUCAACGACGCGGGCAGAUAGCCGACUUGCUACUGUCGUACCGCAGAGCCCCGGUCGACCCGAAAGUGCUACGCCUACUGUCUCGAGCGUAUUGACUUUGCGUCGUCGAAAUAGAAUGAUGGGUUCGUCCAGCGGGUUUUCGACACAGCAGGUGCAACAGCCCCCUCCACAGAUUCAAAGCCUGGUUGCCAAGUAUCUGAAUGAGAACCGCCUUCAGCACAAGAACCGCUAUCGGAAGCAGCAUCCUAGCCUAGCCUUAUCAUACUAA